GCUCGCCGGCGCCCUAUGGGCCGCCCCCCCCAUCCCCAGGCAGACGGUUCGGUUGGCAUUCGGUGCGCGUUUGGAGGGCAAAGUGGAGCAGCCGUGUGCGAGUCACGACGCCUCGCGGCUCGGCAUGACCUGCUAGUGAAUGCGUUUUUUUUUUCUUUCCUCGGGUGACGUGAGAAUGGAUGUCAUUCCUGCACCUCCACGCGCAUGCUGGUUUUGUCAUCUUUUUUUAAGGAUGUAACGACUUUUUUUCUUCCUGGACAACCCAUUUCCCAAGGAGUGUGUGAGAUCAUUUAAAUUGUUUAGGGAAGAAGCGUCGUGAUAGCCCCCACCACCCCCCUUUCUUUUUUGGUUCUCCUCGCGUGUGCGUGGAUGUGCGCGCGUCCGCCGACGUCGCGCACCACCAGCACGCCACACUCGGCGUGCUCCUGAGCCAUGGCGUCCCCGGGCUUCUGGUCCCUCGGUGCGGGGGACAAUUCGGGCAGCCAGAGUCCCAACACUCCCCGGGCUUGGUGCCAGGCGGCGGCCCAGAAGAUCUCCGGAGGGCUCGGAUCCAAAUUAUGUGCGCUCCUGAACGUGAACGAGGGGGACAAAGGUGCAGCCGAGCCCCCCGCCGCCAAGCAGCCGCCUCACGCGGCGGAGGGCAGCUGCGGAUGCAACAAAAGCUGCGACUGCGCCAAAGCCGCCGUGCAAGGCUUCGCCGACCUCUACUCAACAGACCUCCUCCCGGCCAUGGACGGAGACGCCAGGACCCUGAGCUUCCUGCAGGAGGUGGUGGACAUCCUGCUGGCCUACAUCGUGGAGUCGUUCGACCGCGACACCAAAGUGAUCGACUUCCACUACCCUAGUGAGCUGCUGCAGAUGAACAACUGGGAGCUGCAGCACGAGCCCAGCACGCUGGACGACAUCUUGAUCAGCUGCCGCGCCACCCUCAAGUACGCCAUCAAGACAGCCCACCCCAGGUACUUCAACCAGCUCUCCACUGGCUUGGACAUGGUGGGCCUUGCUGCUGAUUGGCUGACGUCCACUGCCAAUACCAACAUGUUCACGUACGAGGUGGCUCCGGUGUUCGUGCUGCUGGAGUACGUGACGCUCAAGAAGAUGCGCGAGAUCAUCGGCUGGCACGAGGGCCGCGGCGACGGCAUCUUCUCGCCUGGUGGCGCCAUUUCCAACAUGUACGCCAUGCUGCUGGCCCGUUUCAAGAUGUUCCCUGAAGUCAAGGAGAAAGGAAUGUCAUCCGUUCCCAGGCUGGCGGCCUUCACCUCCGAACAUAGUCAUUUCUCCAUCAAGAAAGGAGCAGCGGCUCUUGGCAUCGGCACCGAAAGCGUCAUCUGCAUCAAGGCCGACCAAAGCGGCAAAAUGAUCCCUGCUGACCUGGAGCGGCGAAUCCUGGAGGCCAAAGAGAAGGGUUUUGUGCCGUUUUUCGUGAGCGCCACGGCGGGCACCACGGUCUACGGCGCCUUCGACCCGCUCAUCGCCAUUUCCGACAUCUGCAGGAAGUACAACGUCUGGAUGCACGUGGACGGUGCGUGGGGAGGAAGUCUGCUCAUGUCCAGGAGACACCGCUGGAAGCUGGACGGCGUUGAGAGAGCCAAUUCGGUGACUUGGAACCCGCAUAAGAUGAUGUCGGUGCCGCUGCAGUGUUCUGCCCUGUUGGUGCGCGAGGAGGGCCUGAUGCAGAACUGCAACCAGAUGCACGCCUGCUACCUGUUCCAGCAGGACAAGCACUAUGACCUGUCCUAUGAUACCGGGGACAAGGCGCUGCAGUGCGGACGUCAUGUGGACAUCUUCAAGCUGUGGCUCAUGUGGAGGGCCAAGGGCACCAUCGGGUUUGAGGAGCAGAUCGACAAGUGUCUGGAGCUGUCCGAGUACCUGUACAACAAGAUUAAGGACAGGGAAGGAUACCAGAUGGUCUUUGACGGAAAACCUCAGCACACCAACGUUUGCUUCUGGUAUCUGCCGCCCGGCAUGCGCUGCCUGGACGACAAAGAGGAGAAGAAGAAACGCUUGCAUAAGGUGGCACCGGUGAUCAAGGCGCGCAUGAUGGAGUACGGGACCACCAUGGUAAGCUACCAGCCGCAGGGGGAUAAGGUCAACUUCUUCCGCAUGGUCAUCUCCAACCCGGCCGCCACCUUCCAGGACAUCGACUUCCUCAUUGAGGAAAUCGAGCGUCUGGGCCAGGAUCUCUAAAGGCCAUCCUCGCUCUAACUCGCCGCUGCGCUUUACCCCCUUUCAAAGCUAACCUUAGAUUCCAUCUGCCGUUUCAAAAUGGCGCGGGGAUGCUCUAGACCCAAUUUCCAGCCAAAUUCUUCCCAUGGUUUCACCCGUCCCACAUACUUUAAAAUAUAGACGUAAUCAAGCAAAGGUCUUUCCCUCCCAAUCGAGGUUUAAGGUCCAACUGGUGCACUAAAGACAAUUUGACUUAUUAAACUCCAAAAUGCAGAAAACAAAAGCCCGCUAGCUUCUUGCUAACAUCAAAUGUGAAACACAAUCGGAAAUGAGCCAAUUGUGGCACAAAGCGGAGCCGCUCCGAAUUUGCACUUGGAUGCCGUACGAGGAAAUGGAUAGCAACACAACAACAAGCGCAAUAUUCAAUACAUAACUAUAGAUAUGUACAUACACACACGUCUAUCUGUAUCUAGCUUUGCUGCGGACUGAUGCGGUCCAAAGCUUUGUACAAGUGCUUCUGUCCGCCAGUCUUGUCCCAAUCAACAAAUGCCAUAGAUUUGCUGUGACUUUAACUGUGCUAAUAUGUGAUCGUGUGCAAUAUGUCAUAUUAGCAUUAUUUUUCUAAUCGUUUUGACAUUGGUACGACAAAAUCCUCUGUAGUAUAAAUGGAAUUUGUCCUCUUGAAACAAAACGCUGGGCUUUGCUCCCCUCCCGUGGUCAUCCAGGCCGAGCGCUAGCACCAUGGCUAAUUUGCCAAUGCUAAUGAAGGGCCGGUGACUCAUAGUGUUGAUGCCAGCUGUGAAACAAAUGCAUGCCAAUAGCUCAUGUGGGAAUGUAGGGGAGGGGGGGUCGCCCUUAAUUCAUUCUACAGCAAUAUUGAUCAUGCGACUGGUCAUAAGAAAAGCACAAUUAGCUCCACAAUCCCUUUUUGCUCUCACUCAGUAAAGUGUAAAUAGUGCAAACGUGUCGCUAAUACGUCAAAGCUGAGAAGGUUCGUGACGUUGACUGCUAUUUUUGGGUUGGGCAAAGCGCGCUCCACGCACGGUACGACCUGCAAAGUUCAUUUAUCUGAUACAAUUGUGACAAAAAAACAAUUUGCCGUGUUUUAAUUUUCGUCGUUCAAUAACUGCGCGAAUUGACUGAAUUAUAGAUAAAACACUAAAGUUGUAUUUCAGAUGCAAACCAGUUUCCAUACACAUUUGAUUCAAUUUUUGCAAGCAGGCCCAUCUUUGAGCUCCAAACUUUGCCCCCUCCCAAAUCUAGCAUGUCAACUUGAAUGUAUAAGUUCUUGCGUUCUUGCCCGUCGUGGUGACUUUAGUGAGCUGGAAGGACUUUGUGUUGUCCUAUGUGGCGGCGUGACCUUUGCCUGUGUUGUGGCGUCCUUUUGCUGCCUUCUCGUCCAACUUUGCUGGUAUUAUCUGUUGAAUAUAGCGCCUGACACAUGUUUUGCUCUCGUGCGGGGCUUGUGCACUUUAGCCUACGAGCACAAAGCACACGCACAGCAGCCCGUGUUUGUGUUGCGUGAUUCGGCUUACAAAUGUGCUAAUUGAUGAUUUGUUUUGAAUAUGGCGGGCGGAAUGCCCCAGAAGAGGUCGCCUUAACUGCCUCCAAAGUCAAACAAGUCUUUGUUUGGUCAGGGUGAACUAAUCUUGCUUUGCUGCCAUCUUGUGGCGUUUGCAGGCAAUUACAAAUAUUUUUGUUGGUGCUUUUUUCUGUCGUAUUUGCAUUUGUGUAAUGUUUCCGAGACUUGAGGCUUGGGUGACGACGAAUGGAGCGCUAAUGGCUAGCGACCUAGUGCUAGCGGCCAAGCGCUAACGGCCAAGCGGUUCGUUGCUUCCGGUCCGGCUUCCUCUGCACGUGCGUGCAUGCGCUUUCUUGCCUUGGCCUGCUUACGUAGUGUCUCUUUUUGUCUGUAUUGGAACCUUAAUAUCAAUCUAUCUAUAUCUAUCGAUCUAUCUAUCUAUCGCUCUGUAUCUCCAUGUCUCUGCGUAUGGCUCGUCAAGUGUUUGUUUGGCUUUGUAAGUAGCUCUGGCGUGAUGUCCAGCAUAUGAUUGUCGUCUUAGGGCUUUGGUGUACAAAAACGCGCGUCUCUGUGCCGCCAGCAUGCCGACCCCGCCUCUACGCUCUGUCUUCUUCUUCUUCUUCUCGUCCUGGAUGUUCUUCUGCUUUCUACGCCGCUUCUGCCUGAGUGUCAUAUAACGCCGCUGCAUGUUCCCCCUCCCCACGCUGGGCUUCCGUAUUUAACCUCGCUCUGUCUUUGGCCCGGGGGGGCCUCCGGCUGCAACGACCCGCCGCUGCCGUUUAGAUGUCUUGUUGACCGUGUCUCCAAGUGGUCCGUAUUGAUUGAAUCCUCAUGAUUUGCCAUUGUAAGCGAUCAAUAAGCCUUCGUUGACGCUAGAUGAUAUGGUACAAAUGUAGAUUGUGUUAAGUGAUGUGCUGGAGUUCACAUUCAUUUGUCCUGAACUAUGUGUUAAUCGAUGA